AUGUAUAAAAAAAUAUUGUUACUUUAAUUGUUGGUUGGUUUAGCAAUAAGUUAAUCUUACAGUUUGACAUAAUGCAGUUGUUAAUAAUUGUAAUCAGAAGGAGAUUGUAUAAAGAAUGUUUCUCCAAUAUGUUAAUGGGAUGGGAUAAAAAAAUAAUGUAAUAUAGCAACUAUAAGUGUGAAUCCGAUAGCUAGUUAUGCAAGAUAUUGUGAUUAAUUUUCUGAAGCAGAUUGUCCAAAGUCAGCACCAUGUAAUACAUGUGGGAAUUAUUCUGCAUGUGCAUGGGUGGAAGGGAAAUGUACAUUUUUUACAAGUUGUACAGCAUUUGAUAAGAAAUCAGAAUAAGAAUGUUAAGCAAUAAGUAAUAGAUGUAUUUCAGAUGGAAAUCAUUGCGUAGAAAUAGAUGAAUGUAAUCAAUAUAAGAAAUAGAUGGCUUGUGUAAAAAAUGCAUAAGGAAAAUUAUGCUAUUGGGAUUAAACAAAUAAUAUAUGUACAGAUAGUAACACAUGUGAUAAAUUACCAUAAACAUUAAUAAAUGAUAAGGAAUGUAGAGAUAUGAUAUCUACAUGUACUACAAAAAGUGGUGGUGGAUGUAUAAUAAGUGGAAAUAAUUGUAGUGAUUAAAUAAAUGAAAAUUAAUGUGUUUGGAAUUAAUAAAUGACAAUAAGUUGUUAUUGGGAUGGAUCUUCAUGUAAAGAUAGAAUCUGUGAGAAUGCACCAAUAAGUAUGAUAACAGAUGAAGCAUGUAAAUAAUUUAGAAAAGAUGGUACAUGUACAACUAAAUUAAAUGGAGGAUGUAUAACUAGAUCAACAUGUUAAGCUGUUUAAAUUAAAGAAGGUUGUAAUAAGAAUAUAUAAGGAAAUGAAUGUUAUUGGAAUGGUAUAAGUUGUGUUGAUAAGAUAUGUUCUAAUGCUCCAAUAACAAUAACUAGUAAUUCUGAAUGUUCUGAAUUUUUAAAAGGAUGUAUUACAAAAUAAGGUGGAGGAUGUAUUUAAAAUGGUUCAUGUUCAGUAGCUAAUAUUCCUACUGCUUGUGUUUAAAAUUAGAUUGGAAUAGAUUGUAUAUGGGAUACAAAUUGUAAAGAGAAAAUAUGUAUUAAUGCACCUAUGACAAAUAAUACUCAUGAAUUAUGUACAACAUAUUUAUCAAUUUGUACUGUUAAAUCAGGAGGAGGAUGUUAAAAUAGAACAUGUUUUAAUGCUCCAAUAAAUUUAAUUACAAAUGAAGAAUGUGAAGCUUAUUUAUCUGGAAAUAAUUGUAUAACUAAAACAGGUGGUGGAUGUACAAUUAAUACAACAUGUACAGCAAUUACAUUAUAAAAUGCUUGUAUUAAUAAUUCAUCUGGUUAACCAUGUUUUUGGGAUACAAGUACCAGUACUUGUAAAGAUAAAAUUUGUUUAAAUGCUCCAUCAACUAAUAAUACACAUGAAUUAUGUUAAACCUUUUUGAAUACUUGUACUGUAAAUAAAACUAAUUCUGGUUGUGUUGAUAAAACAUGUGAGAAUUCAUUAACAUAAUCGAUAUGUGAUAAAGAUUUUAAUAAUAAAACUUGUAUAUGGAAAGGGAAAUGCUUUAAAAAGUUAUGUGUAUUAGCAUCAUAAUCUAUAACUACUCAUAAAGAUUGUUAACUUUAUCAUAUUAGUUGUACAUUAAAUAACACAGGAUUUGGAUGUGUUACAUUACCAAAUAAAUGUGAAGCUAUUUCAAUAGAAGGUGCUUGUUUUAUUAAAAUGAAUGGAUAAUCUUGUGGAUGGAAUGGAUCUUCAUGUAUUGAUAAAGCAUGUUCGACUGCUUCUAAGAAUUUAUCAACUACUUUACAAUGUUCAUAAUAUAUAUCAACAUGUGUUGCUAAUAAUCCCAUUAUAUUGAAUGGAAUUUCAAUUAUAUAAGGAUGUUAAGAUUUACCUAUAUCUUGUUCAACUAGAAAAACAUCUGAAAAUUGUGAAAUCCCAAGAACAGGAUUCCCAAAUUGUUUAUGGGUUUCUUCUUAAUCUUCUUGUAUAGAAAAAUCAUGUUCAACAGCCAAUAUUGAAGGUACAAAAGGAGUGAUUGAAGUAGGAUAAUUUUCAGUACCUAAUUGUUAAAAUUAUCUAAGUAUUUGCACAACAACUAAUACCCAAGGUGUAUGUCUUAAUCUAUAAUAACCAUGUAUUCCAAAUAAUUCAUCUGAUGGAUGCAUUAAUAAACCUUCUAAUUGUAAUUCUUUAGGAAUUAAUAAUUGUACUAAUGGAUCUAAAAUAAGUGGUGAUUGUUAUUGGAAUGGAUCUAAUUGUGUUGAUAAAAUAUGUAUAAAUAUAAUCAAAUUAACACAUAAUGAUUGUAAUAAUAUAUUUGAUCAAUGUACAGUCAAUAAUGCAGGAACUAAUUGUUAAUCAUUAUAAAAUACAUGCACUCUUUAUACUACUUAAGAUAAUUGUAAAAUCACUUCAAUAAAUAAACUUUGUAUAUGGACUGGAAUUGCUUGUAGAAAUGCCACAUGUGCAGAUGCUUCAGAUACUACACUUUAUGAUUCAGAUUUAAAAUGUUAAAAAUAUUUAGUACUUGAUAAUACUUGUACAGUAAUACCUAAAAUUGGAGGACUUGGAUGUGUUAUGAAAUAAUCUACUUGUUCCAAUUAUCUGACAUAAGCUUAAUGUCAUUAAACUAUAUAAAAUUUAACAGGAAUUGAUGAUUGUAAAUGGAUUGUAGAUUAAUGUUAUUCAUUAUCUACUUUUGCCACAGGAAUAUGUUCUUAAUUUAAAGGAACUUAAACUAUGUGUUAAUAAUAUAAAUAAGGAUGUACUAAUAUUAUUAGUGCUACUAUUUCAUCUAAAUGUACUGUAGAUUGUACUCUUAAAACAGGAAUUAACUUAACAUUCUAAGAUUGUUAAGCAAUUGAUUCUACUUGUUCAGUUAAAGCAGAUGGUACUGGAUGUAUUCUAAUUUAAUCUACAUGUUAAGGAUAUGCAUAAUAAUCAAUUAAUUGUUUCAGAUCUAUUAAUGAUCUAUGUGUUAUGAAUACUUCUGUUCCUCCUACUUGUUAAUCUGUUACUUAAGCAUCUGACUGUACUCUUGUAACUGGGUUAACUGGUUUGGAUCAUACAAAAUGUUAAUCAUAUAAUUCUGCAUGUACAUCUUUAAAUGAUGGAACAGGAUGUUAAAUUUAUUAAUCAAAUUGUACAGCUUAUUAAGCUACUGUUAAUUCAUGUACAUUUACAUCAAAUGCUAAAUGCCUUCUUAUUACAGAUUCACCAGAAUCUUGUAUUUCUAUUAACAGUUAUGCAAAUUGUUCAACCAUUACUGGAUCAAUUGCAUCAUUAAACCAUGAUAAAUGUUAAGCUUAUUUUAAUCUUUGUACAUCUAUUGCUAAUGGUAGUGCUUGUUAACAAUUCAAAUAAACAUGUGAAGAAUAUUCUGCAACUGUAUCACAAUGCACAAUAUCUUAAAAUGGAAAAUGUUUCUUAUCUAAUAACACUUGUAUUACUAUUUCAAAUCCAAUAAGUGAUUGUGCUAAGAUAACUGGGGCAGCUGGUACUUUAACUUAUGGACUUUGCUAAUCAUAUAAUACAGCAUGUAGUGUAAAUAGAGCUAGAAGUGCUUGUAUUUAAUAAUUGGCUGAGUGCUAAGAUUAUACAUCUAUGGGAAAUUGUUAUCGUUCAGCAAAAGAUAGAUGCAUAUCAAGUUCUAAUAUUGAUUCUAGUUGUGUAUCAGCUUCAAGUGCAUAAACUUGUGAAAAAGUGUAUCUUGGAAUAGGUAAUUAUAGUGAUGCCAAUUGUAAUGAAUUUAAAGUUGGAUGCAUUUCUAAUGGUAAUUAAUGUAUAUCAAAAGUUUGUUCACUUGCAGGAGGUUUUGUAUUUAAUCAUUAAAAUUGCAAUAAUUGGUUAAGUACAUGUACUGUUAACAUUACAAAUUCUGGGUGUACAGAUAUGAUAUAGAAGUGUUCAUCAUAGAGUUAGAAUUAAUGUUUAUAUUCAUAGGAGGGUGACUGUAUAGUUUAUAAUUCAUAAUGUGUAAAGAAAAGUUGUGAUUUAGCAAUAGAUAAUGAGAAUUAUGAUAGUGAUACUAAAUGUUCAUAAUAUUUGAAAUAAUGUACAGUUACCAGAACAGGAGGAUGUUAAUCUAGAAGUAAUUGUUCUGAAUAUAUAUCUGAAUUGUAAUGUUAAAUUAAUAAGAAUGGUGGAAGAUGUUUUUGGAAUCCAACAUACAAGAAUUGUGUAGAUUUGGAUUGUAGAUAAAUAGAGUAAACAACUUUGUUUGAUUCUCAUGCUAAAUGUGUAAAUGUAGAUAGUAAAUUAUAAUGUACAGUAAGAGCAGCAAAUAAUGUUACAAUGCCAGGUUGUAUGCCAAGAGGACUUUGUAGUUCUUAUUCAUGUUAAGAUUAAUGUCAUUAAAGUAUAAAUGGUAAUGAAUGUGUAUGGAAUAAUAAUGUAAAUCAAGGCAGUUGUUAAGAUAAAUCUUGUAAUAGUGCACCACUUUUUAUGAAUUCUCAUAAUGAUUGUUAUGUAUAUUAUAAUACAUCAAGUGUAAGUUGUACUGUAUCUAUAAUUGAAGGAGUAUUAAGUGGAUGUUAAUAAACAACAAGUUGUGAAUUAUAUGCAAUUAAAGAGCAAUGUUAAAUAAAUUCUUUAGGAUAACCUUGUGAAUGGAUAUAAGAGACAUAAAAAUGUGCAGAUAAAUCUUGUGAGACUGCUUCUAUAACAUUAGAUGAUGAUAGUAAAUGUAGAUCUUAUUUAAAUAAUAAUAAAUGUACAGUUUCUGAUAAUGGAAAAGGAUGUACAACAAUUCCAAUUUAAUGUGAAACAAUGACAUAGAAAUAAUGUUAUUAUAAUAAGAAUGGAGAUCCUUGUUAUUGGACAGGAAGUAAUUGUAUAACAAGAUCAUGUGAGAAUGCUCCAGAUUAUAUUAAAUCAGAAGAUGAUUGUAAUACUUAUUUAGAUGGAUGUACAUUAGAUAAUAUAAAAUGCAAAACAAAAGUGUGUGAAGAUUAUAAAUUAACAACAGAUACUUUAUGUAAAUAAGAAAUGGCAACAUGUACAUCUAAUGGUAUAAAUUGUGUAAAUAGAGGAACUUGCAUUUAAGCUUUAAAUUAAGUUGGAUGUGUUAAUUCAUCGACAGGAUAAUAAUGUGAAUGGAUAUCAUCAGAUUUAGGAUUAGGAUAUUGUACUUUAAAAAGUUGUUAAACUGCACCAAUUACAUUAAAAAAUGAAGAAGAAUGUUAAAAUUAUUUUAUAAAUUGUACUGUUAAGAAAGGGGGAGGAUGUACAUUAAAAUCUACUUGUAUUGCUGCUAUGAUAGAAGCUGCAUGUACAAGUGCAUUAAAUGGAACUAUUUGUUCUUGGGAUAAUAAAUUAAAUAAAUGUAGAGAUAUUGAUUGUUAAGAUUAUAAUGGAACUAAUCAUAUUGAAUGCUAAUAAAAAAGAGUUGAUUGUACUAUUGGAAUUAAUGGAAAAUGUGCAAGAAUAUUAAAUUGUGAAUAAACUACUAUAAAAGAGGCUUGUAUUGAAGGACUUAAUGGACCAUGUUUAUGGAUUGAUAAAUACAUUAAUAGUGAUGGAACUAAAGGAGCUUGUUUUUAAUAUACUUCAUGUAAAAGUCUUANUAAAUUAUAAUGUACAGUAAGAGCAGCAAAUAAUGUUACAAUGCCAGGUUGUAUGCCAAGAGGACUUUGUAGUUCUUAUUCAUGUUAAGAUUAAUGUCAUUAAAGUAUAAAUGGUAAUGAAUGUGUAUGGAAUAAUAAUGUAAAUCAAGGCAGUUGUUAAGAUAAAUCUUGUAAUAGUGCACCACUUUUUAUGAAUUCUCAUAAUGAUUGUUAUGUAUAUUAUAAUACAUCAAGUGUAAGUUGUACUGUAUCUAUAAUUGAAGGAGUAUUAAGUGGAUGUUAAUAAACAACAAGUUGUGAAUUAUAUGCAAUUAAAGAGCAAUGUUAAAUAAAUUCUUUAGGAUAACCUUGUGAAUGGAUAUAAGAGACAUAAAAAUGUGCAGAUAAAUCUUGUGAGACUGCUUCUAUAACAUUAGAUGAUGAUAGUAAAUGUAGAUCUUAUUUAAAUAAUAAUAAAUGUACAGUUUCUGAUAAUGGAAAAGGAUGUACAACAAUUCCAAUUUAAUGUGAAACAAUGACAUAGAAAUAAUGUUAUUAUAAUAAGAAUGGAGAUCCUUGUUAUUGGACAGGAAGUAAUUGUAUAACAAGAUCAUGUGAGAAUGCUCCAGAUUAUAUUAAAUCAGAAGAUGAUUGUAAUACUUAUUUAGAUGGAUGUACAUUAGAUAAUAUAAAAUGCAAAACAAAAGUGUGUGAAGAUUAUAAAUUAACAACAGAUACUUUAUGUAAAUAAGAAAUGGCAACAUGUACAUCUAAUGGUAUAAAUUGUGUAAAUAGAGGAACUUGCAUUUAAGCUUUAAAUUAAGUUGGAUGUGUUAAUUCAUCGACAGGAUAAUAAUGUGAAUGGAUAUCAUCAGAUUUAGGAUUAGGAUAUUGUACUUUAAAAAGUUGUUAAACUGCACCAAUUACAUUAAAAAAUGAAGAAGAAUGUUAAAAUUAUUUUAUAAAUUGUACUGUUAAGAAAGGGGGAGGAUGUACAUUAAAAUCUACUUGUAUUGCUGCUAUGAUAGAAGCUGCAUGUACAAGUGCAUUAAAUGGAACUAUUUGUUCUUGGGAUAAUAAAUUAAAUAAAUGUAGAGAUAUUGAUUGUUAAGAUUAUAAUGGAACUAAUCAUAUUGAAUGCUAAUAAAAAAGAGUUGAUUGUACUAUUGGAAUUAAUGGAAAAUGUGCAAGAAUAUUAAAUUGUGAAUAAACUACUAUAAAAGAGGCUUGUAUUGAAGGACUUAAUGGACCAUGUUUAUGGAUUGAUAAAUACAUUAAUAGUGAUGGAACUAAAGGAGCUUGUUUUUAAUAUACUUCAUGUAAAAGUCUUAAUUGGACUAAAGAUAGUUAAUGUAAAUUAAUAAGUAAUUAAUGUACUACUAAUGGAUCUAAUUGUAUUGGUAUCACUUUAUGUUCAGAAACUAAUACUAAUGGGGGAUGUAUUACUGGAUAUGAUGGUUCUUGUAUUUAAACUAUUCCAGCAUUAAAUUCAUCAGAAUCUAAAAUGUGUAAACUUUUUACUUCUUGUAAUGAUGCUUUCUAUAUUACACAUUCAGAAUGUUAAAUUGCUAAUAAUUAAUGUACGACUGAUGGAAUAACUGGAUGUAUACCAUUAUCAGAAUGUUCCUUAUACACAUCUAAAGCAGGAUGUAUUAUUAAUCUAAAAGGACCUAUUACAUAAUCGUCUGGAACAAUACUCUCUACAGGUAUUUGUAUCUGGAAUAAUAAUACUAAUAAAUGUAGAGAUUAAGAAUGCUCUGAUUUAACUGGAUCUACACACUUUGAAUGUUAAUCUAAACUAUCUACCUGUACAUCAAAUGGAGCUAUAUGUAUACUUAAAACAAAAUGUUCUUCUUAUUCUACUUAAAAUACAUGUAAUAUUGCUCUUGGAUCUGAUGGUAUUUGUUUUUGGGAUACAACAACAUCUAUUCCUAAUUGUAGAAUUUUAAGUUGUGCUGAUAUUCCUAAUGGUACUACAUCUGAAGCAUGUUAAAUUAUAUCUUGUGUUAGUAAUGGCACUAAAUGUAUUCCUAAAGCUAAUUGUUCUACAUAUAUAAAUUAAAAUACUUGUAAUUAAGGUGGUUUAGAUGGUAUUUGUAUAUUUAAUAAUAUAUCAAACUCUAAUUCUAUUUGUUCUUUAAUGACUACCUGCUCAUCUGCAAAUCAAGAUUCUAAUGCAUGUAUAGCUGCUAAAGAUAGAUGUUAUUGGUCUAAUAAUUCAACAACUACUUAAUGUCUUAAUCAUACAUGUUCUACAAAUUAAAUUACUAAUGGUUAUUGUACUAAUUUUCUAAAUUGGGAUAAAAAAACAUAAAACUUUUGUACAAUAUUUGGAGGAAGUUGUUAAGCUACUGAUCCAUCUAAACUAUCUUAAAAUGAUUGCCUCAUUAUCUCCGGUUAUACUUAUACUUGGAGCACUUUCAACAAUAAAUGUUAAACUUGUACAAUCAUAAAUCAAUAUAAUAAUAAUACUACAACAACUAAUAAUGGACAAUCCAAUCAAUCUAAUUCUACAGAUUAAGGAUUCCUAUUUGGAAUUACAAUCAUUAUUUUUGGAUCUGUUAUUUUGAUAUGA